UCUCGUCGAAUCCAACUCGGAUGGGCAGCGUUCGGGAAGCUGCGGAACAUCUUGUAGCAAUUUUCGCUACCACCGACUACUCAGGGCUUCGCAUGAGACUCAAAAAUUAUUAUCUCGCCAGGGCGCCUUAUACUGUAUUUUUGUGAGAGAUAAAUAAAAUGUUUUCAGCAGUGAACAAGAUCUUUAUAUUUUAAAUUAAAUUAUCAUUCAUAUAUUCAGUGACACACUUAUUACUACUAACAGAUAUCUUUGAAUAUAGCUUUUAUACGUUUAAGUAUUAAGAUUAAAUGACGAACAUACAGUCAAUAACAGGUACAUACAGGUAUAUUUAUGUUAAUAUUCUAUAGAAACAACUUGUUUUAGCAAAUAUCUAACAAAAUGAAAUGCAAUUAAAGAUUUUCUUUUAAUGAAUCUACUGUAUACAAUUACAAAUCCUUUCUUAGGUCCAAGAAUCAGAAAUCCUGAACUUCGGAGGAGGCACUGGUUAAAUAUUAAGAAAAUACAGAUAUUACUUAGCUUAAAGACUCCGGGAACAUCUAGUUGCUUUCAAAUGUGGUUAAAUUUUUACGAAGGAUAUGCUGUCAUCAGUCGCACUCGUCUAGGUUGCAGAAUACAGAUCACCGGCUCAUACUACCAAACUUAUUCCUUUCAAUAUUUCCAGGGAAAUUCCGACCAGUACUAAUGAAUGAGUUUUUGUCUAUAUAUUAUACUAGCUUCCUCAAAGGACCUAGAAAUAAUUACACACACUUCCUAUAGUACCAUUAAAUGCCUAAUUUGAUCUACAACCUAUUGCAUUAAAUAUAUGGAACUUACCCGUUAAUCCGGGGAGAAAUAUCAAUUAACAAUUCUGGUCAUUUAAGAUUAUUAGCGCACUGACCACAGCUUUCUCAAAGGUCACGUUGCGACUGCCUUGAUGUACAAAAAUGCAAAAGCGAAAGAGAUCAGUUGCACCCGCGCAGAGCUAUUUAUAGUGCCGAAUUCUAAGUAAACACUAACAGAAGAUUUCGAUUCUCUAACCAUAUAAGGAGCGAAAUCCUCUCGGAAGUGGUAAGUCAAACCACGUCACAUCAAUUCGUUUUUAACGCGCGAACCAUACAUCAACUCAAUCUAUCAUAAAUUCCAAGAGCAACUGUCAGAUUCUCUUGACACGCACCUCUUGCUAUACUUACAGCACUCCUACAUUUGGUGAUUCACGUGAGUGACGAUAGAUGGCGCUAUAUUAAAAAAUUAAUAUUAUUGGUUAAAUUAUUUAUAAAAAUAUGAUGUUACAAUCUUCGCGUCCAAAAUACCUCAGUGCCUUAAGACGAAAGUCUUUAACCAGUGUGUGUUGCCAGUGAUGACCUAUGGCAGUGAGGCGUGGUCGUUUACUAUAGGUCUCAUAGGACGGCUCAAGGUCGCCCAGCGGGCAAUGGAGAGAGCUAUGUUUGGUGUUUCCCUGCGUGAUCGAGUCAGAAAUGAAGAGAUCCGCAGGAGAACUAAAGUCACCGACAUAGCUCGAAGAAUAGCCCAGCUGAAGUGGCAGUGGGCGGGACACAUAGCGAGGAGAACCGAUGGCCGUUGGGGCGGAAAGGUUCUCGAAUGGCGACCGCGUGCCGGACGACGCUCAGUGGGAAGACCCGCUACAAGGUGGACCGACGAUCUGGUGAAGGUCGCGGGAAAACGCUGGAUGCGGGCAGCGCAGGACCGAUCGUUGUAGAGAUCCUUGGGGGAGGCCUAUGUCCAGCAGUGAGCGUCGUACGGCUGAUAUGAUGAAACUUAAAUUUGACGACAGUGUAUCAUUGUCAUUCUCUAUACGGAAUGAAAAUGAGAGAUUGAUGUUAAAUUUAGUUUUAAGUUUAGAGAAUCACGCCUGUAUCGACACAAUUGUAAACUUUUUUAGAAGCAAUAAUAUUCCAUAUAAAAAUAAUCUAAUAGGUUUUGCAUCUGAUGCGGCAAACGCAAUGAUGGGACGUAAUAAUUCUGUUGUAAAAUUGCUGCAAAAUGAAAUUCCGAAAAUUUUUACACUUAAAUGCACCUGCCAUUCGUUUUAUAUGUGCGCGUCAUAUGCUUGUACCAAAUUGCCACGCUUUAUAGAGGAUCUUGUAAGAGACAUUUACAACUACUUUUCUUCUAAUAUGCUUUUCUUACAAUGAUUAUCUUUUAGCUGCAGAACAUAUAUUAUAGAAGAUCCAAGAUCCCACAACGAUAUUAUUUUUGAAAUUGUAGAUUUUGUAUUACCAUUAUUAACCUACUUAAAUAAAGAAACGCAAGCAGAACACCCGAAUAUUCAUAAAUUUAUAUGAAAAAAUAACUGGAACAUUAAAAACUAGUUUUGAUUUGUACUAUAUAAGAUAGCAACUGGUUUUAUUAAGAUUUCAAUAAAAGACUUCUAUUCCAUGUUGAAUUUAUUAAUUAAAGGUGCCUGUCCCAGAUUAGGUUAGCAUUGACUUAAGUGUCAUCAAAUGUUGCCAUACAUAUAUCACACAUGUCCCCUUUUUAUCUUUACAAACUCUCAUAAGUUAUUAAUGUAACAAACAUUUACUUUAAAUGUUAAGCUAUACAAUUAUUGUUUAUCAACUCUGGUCUUAUACAUAAUCAUAUGUUAUCAAAUUAUUUAAUCAACACUUUAUUUGGGAAUCCUUUGUCCAAAGAAUAUUGAUAAAAUAAAUAAUUAUACUUAAGUAUGAUUGUUAUAAAUUAGUCUGUAAGUUUUUUUUAAUAAAUAAACGAAUUUGAUUGAAUAUUAUGUUUUUGUCAAAUACUGAUUUUGGGUACAAAUAUACCGAUUUUAGCUGGCAAUUCUACCUCUAUGACGUUCGAGACCACGGACUUCGGUGAGUUCUUCGCGGGAUUUCAUCGAGUGCGGUGGCGUCUUAUUUUAAUUAUUCUUAAUAAUAAUAAUAUUCUUUAUUGUAUAACACCACAAUGGACAUAACAGUAAGAUUACACUGACAGAGAGACAUUACACAAUGGGCGGCCUUAUUGCUUAAUAGCAAUCUCUUCCAGGCAACCCAUGACGGAAAAUUAAAUAAGUAUAAAGAACAAAAAAAGGGGGAAGGCUGUAAGAGCAAUAUUAUAAAAUAAAAUAAAAACGGUAAUAAUAAUAUAGAUGCAUAUUUAUAUGAAAAAAAUAAAAAAUAAACAAAUAAAUAAAGGAAAGAGGUAUUUUUAAAGUAAAGAUAGGAAAUGUCGCUUAACUUGCUCACGGAACGAGUCCAGAGUGCGAGCCCUUUGUAUGGAUUCCGGUAAUGAAUUCCACAAGCGAACAGAAUGCACAGAGUAGGAGUAAGAAAGGAAAUCAGUCGAAUGACAAGGUAUUUCUAGAGUGAGAUUAGAAGAGGAGCGUAGAAUGCAUUGUGAAGAGGAUGAUCGAAAAGAGAAGCAUUGUUUUAGAUAAGGUGGAGAAGUAGGUAGGAAAAGUACAGAAUAAAGAAGCGUAAGAGUAUGUAAGUCCCUGCGCCGGCGAAUAGGGAGCCAGUUGAGUUUCGAGCGGAAGUGUGAUACAUGGUCAAAUUUACGGAGAUUAUAUAUAAAUCUGAUAGCUAUAUUCUGCAAACGUUCCAACCAACUUGCUUAGCAGUUCCUCAGAAAGAUCAGUGUAACAUACAUCAGCAUAGUCCAGAAUGGAGAGUAAAAGAGUAUGCACCAGAGUGAUUUUAGUACUGGUCGGCAAAAAGUUACGUAGUCGAUUAAGUGAGUUGUAUGCGGCAAAUAUUUUUUUUCUUAUAGAUUCGAGCUGAGGUUUCCAAGAGAAACAGUGAUCAAAUAUCACACCAAGGUUUUUGACAGUUGUGGAAAAGGGUGGUAGGGGUCUUAAAUUCGUUAUUAGUGGAUAUAUUGAAAUAAAAUUGGUGUGAUUUCACAAUCGUCUGCGCAACUCAAGUAUUAGUGGAAUCUUUAUAAUUAUUAUACACAAUUCCGGUCAAGUGGACGUGUGAUCUUUAUUGUAGUGUUGACUACCUCACAGAAGCAUAACGAAAAUCAAUUCGAUGCAUUUCGAGCCAAACACUUCAAGAAACAUUAAAAUGUUGGUGUGACGCAUAAAAAAAAAGAAAAUUAUUGUAAAUAAAGAUUAGGCUGUAUGGGCAUUGUUCCCUUUCCCUUCCAUAAAACGGGAGAAUCUUAUAAAAUGAAAAAAUCAAAACAUAAUGAAAACUGGUCUAAAUAUUCUACUCUUUCAUGAAAACCUCAGUAAUUAUUGAUGAAAACGGUCCUCACUGCAUCCUAAAUCUCUGAAUAAGUAGAUCAUACUGCGUAGCAGCAAAGAGGAUAUGUAAUAGGUGAUCAUAGACCAGCGUUUUUACAUUUUUAUGUAGAUAAAAUUCCACCAAACACACAAAUGGGCCUUCUCAGGGUCCAAAUUAAGCAGCAAUUAUUUGUAUACUUUACGGCGAAUAUGUGUUUAAUGGCAGAUUUUUGGACUAAUGCUGAAUAAAGGUGAGAUACACUUUAAUAUUAUAAUUAUUUGUUUACUGAUCUUCAUAGAGACAUCCAUGGAUACUUAGGUUUCUUUCAUAUUAAAUGUAGGCCAUGAUUAGUCACAAUUUUGAUUUUCAUUUUCAACAAAUUAUUCAACCAAAGAAGUUCCUUGUAUUUGCAAAAAGUCCUGUCAUAGCAUAAGCAGAGUUUAAAACAACAGACCAAACUCUCACUGGACAAACCUAGACAUAUAAACAACUAGUUAUAUUAAGAAGGAGUAUCAUUGAAGAAAUCUUACUAAAUAAGUUCACAGUACACCAGGAACUUUAUAAUCCGAGCACUGCUGUAAUCCGAACGUCCCACACCUGCCACAUUCCUUUGCCAGAAAAAUAAAGAUUUUACAUACCGAGUAACUGUGGGUUACUUUGACCUAAAAUGUGCACUAUUUUUUUCAAAUAAAAUUUUAGCUUCUCUUUGUGAUGAAUAUGUCAUGUUUAUAUCUUUCCAUUGUGAACUUUAAAGUAUAAGUUACAAAGUUAUCAUACGAAAAUAGGAAAAAAUAAUAUUUAAGGGUUAAUAUAUAUUUUUUUAAUUUUGGGCCAAAGUUGGCCCUAUAGAGGGUUACUUUAGCUUGUUGAGUUUUCUCUGUGAAAAAACUCAUUUUAAGCCAUGUUGGGGUUAAGUAACCCUUAUAACAGAUCACCAUUAGCAUACUGAAUACACAAAUGGAUGUUUUUGCCCAAAAAUAAUUAUGUUAAAUAAAAAAUAUAACUUUAUAUUUAGAAAAAAUAGUAAACUUACCGAAAACUACAGUUUUGAGAAAGUUUGCGCAUGAACUUGCAAACUAUUUCAGUUAUAAAUCCCGCAUUACAAUGACAAUUUGAUACAGGAACGAUGUCGGUAAAACAACACCACACUACGCGCCUAUAUGGCUAUCGGUGAUUUUCAACUGGAACUAUUACGGUCACCAAGAGAUACUGAUGGGGCGGCAAGUUCAAUAUUUUUUCUGAUUUGGGACAAAGUUACCCGCCCGAGCUAAAGUAACCCUCACUUACGGUAAUUUAUUUCACUGCACUGAUUGAACUAAAAGGGAACUGACAAAUUUGUUAACCAUGGCUUUAACAGCACAAGGAGAUGACAACAUUUCAAGCCAACAUUGACAACUUUUCCCGUGCAGGCUCUGGUAACACUGGUGCUGGCGCGGUGUUGCGUGGAGAUUUUUAUUUUGCCGAAGUUUCUUAGAUAAUAUAUAUUACCAAUAAUAAACGGUACCUACGAUGGCUAGACGCUACCGGGAUGCGGCUGCCAAAUUGCAACAAAAUGUGCAAAAACAUUUGAAAGAAAUGAAGGAGCUAUCUUCUUCUGAAGAUGAGGAGCCAUACGAGUCUAGUGUGUUGGACGGGGUACUUCAUUCCUACAGAUGCAGUGGCGGUGACGUCCAUAUGCUGGAUCGAACUAGGCAUCUAUUGGAAGAGGCUAUUUGCGGUAGAUCUGUUACAUGCCUCAUUUGCUUAAGUUCAAUAAAGCGAACCGAUGCUAUUUGGACCUGUGAUCAUUGUUAUUGUUAUUUUCACUUGUCUUGUAUACAAAAGUGGGCCAAUGAUAGCGUCAGUCUCAGAAACGAAGAAACUCAUGGUUCCAUUGCCUUGGUUGUGCCUAGAAAGAUUGAAUGGUGCUGUCCAAAAUGCCGUCAAUCAUAUGGCAAAGAUGCUAUACCUCGACGGUACAGGUGUUUUUGUGGGAACACUGAUGAUCCUAAAAAUCACCCAUGGCUUACACCACACACGUGUGGGGAGGUAUGUGGUAAGCGAUUAUCUACUGGAGAGAGCUGUAAGCACAAGUGUCUUUUGCUCUGCCAUCCUGGACCAUGCCCUCCAUGCCCUCAAUCUGUAAAUGGGACAUGUCACUGUGGCAAAGAAUGCAAGAAAGUAAGAUGCAGUGCUGCAAAGUGGUCCUGUGGACAACCUUGUAGAAAAAAGUUAUUGUGCAACUCACACAAAUGUGAAAAUGUUUGCCAUGAAGGAGAUUGUGCUCCUUGCAGUUAUGUUAGCAUCCAAUCUUGCUGUUGUGGUUCAGAAAAGACUAAGAGGCCAUGUAAUGAUCCCUCAUGGCAUUGUGAAAAAGUUUGCAACAAACUUUAUACUUGUGGCUACCAUAAAUGCUUGAAAGUAUGUCAUUCAGAUGAUUGUGGAUUGUGUCCAAACUCUGGCAUGAGAUCCUGCCCAUGUGGAGCAAAUAGAAAGUAUGUAGAGUGCCCUGAUAGCAUAGAAACAUGCCUAGGAACUUGUGGUAAAAAAUAUGAGUUCUGUGAACAUACAUGUCCAGAGAAAUGCCAUAAGGGCCAUUGUCCCCCUUGCCAAGUUUUGAUAGAAAAACAGUGUCAAUGUUUGGCACAUACUAGAAUGCUACCAUGCAGCAAAGAAUACAAGUGUGAAACAAAAUGUAGGGGAAUUAGACCUUGCGGUAAGCAUGGAUGUAGUAGAAAAUGUUGCAAUGGAGACUGUCCACCUUGUGAGAAAAUAUGUGACAAACCUUUGCAAUGCGGCAGACACAAAUGCACAAUGGUGUGUCACCGUGGACCUUGCUAUCCUUGCCCAAGAGAGUCUAAAGUGACUUGUAGAUGCAAGGAAAGUUAUGUAACAGUUCCUUGUGGGAGAGAGAAACAUAUCAAACCUCCAAGAUGUAGCCUGCCUUGUAAAAUGAAAUACAAAUGUGGCCAUAUUGAAGAGAAUAAACACCCUUGCCAUUUUGGGGACUGUCCCCCUUGCAAAGCAAUCUGUAGUAAAACUUACAUGAAAUGCAACCACCAAUGUAAUGCUGUUUGCCAUGAGUAUGUGGCAGUAGUUUUUAAACAAGUUGAAAAACCUGCAACUCCUUGGGAAAUCACUCCACCAAAAACAAAAAUAAUGACUUUAGACUGCCCGCCAUGUGAAACGCCUGUAUCUGUUAUUUGUUUUGGCGAACAUGAGACAGAAAUGCAACCCUGUCAUUCUGCUAAAAGAAGCUGUUGUGGAAGAAAAUGUGCCCGACCUUUGGAGUGCGGCAAUCAUUCCUGCUCCUUACUAUGUCACUUGUAUGCUUUGAAUUCUGAAUAUCCAAAUGUGCCUUAUAAAUGUAAACAGUGUGAAAGAGAAUGUACAGCGAUCCGCCCUGAGAAAUGUCUUCAUAAGUGUGCUAUACGGUCCUGUCAUCCAGGGUCAUGUCCACCCUGUGACAUAUUAGAGCGUAUUCCAUGCCAUUGUGGUGUGACCGAGCUAUAUUUGAGAUGCCGUGAAGUUGCAAAUGCUACAGAAGAAAUUUUGUCUUGCAAACAACAAUGUCCAAAGAACUUGGAAUGUGGUCAUCGUUGCCGAAACCAAUGUCAUUCAGGAAGCUGUCAGCUCAAGCAAGUCUGCAGUAAAAAGACUAAAAUUUAUUGUAAAUGUGGUAAUUUGCGCAAAGAGGCUCCUUGCAACCUCGUGAGAAAUGGAGAAGUAAAUAUAAUUUGUGAUGAGUCUUGUGAAGCAAAGAAGUUGGCUGCUAAGCUAGAGAAAGAGCAAGAAGAACAGAGAUUGAGAGAAUUGGAAGAGGAGAAGAACCGUAAAGAGUUGUCAGAGUAUGAAUGGAAGUUAAGCGGCAAGAAGAAGAAGUAUAAAGAAAAGAAAGUUGUUCAACACAUAGAUAAUAGGAAUGUUUUCCAAAAAUACUGGAUCCUUAUCUUAUCAAUACUUGUCACAUUGGUUGGCAUUGUAUACAUGAUAAUGCAAGCUUCAUAUUGAAAUGGACAUUUACAAUACUAUUUUUUUUAUUAUGACAAUAUCUGUAAGGCCUAUUUUCACCAGUUUAUUCAGUCCUUUAAUGGAAAACUCUUCAAUCUGUAGAAGAGUGAACCGACGGAUCGUAAUGACUUGUGUGCUGAUUCAAGGGCUUUUUUAAAUUAUUUUAACCAACAAUAUUGAAAUUGAUUUUAUCACAUAGGUAUAUACGAAACAUUGUAUAAUUUUUGGGCAAGUGUAAAUGCCAAUUGUAUCUUUUAUUACUAUAAAUUGUUAUUGUUUUUAUUUCUAAGAUUUGUUAAAGCUCAUAUAAUGGAUAAUGUUCCAAAGAAUAUUGUUAGAUUUAAAGGUGUGUGUAAGAUACAUAACCUUUUUGUAUGUUUUUGUAAGACAUAGCUUGAAAGUAUAUUUAGAACAUAUAUACUUCUGGACACAUCUAUUGAUCCAAUAAGAGUUAUAAGUUUCAAUGGUCUGUAGAUAAGAUAUAUGUUUAAGGUUGAGCAAUAAUUUAAGAAACAUGAAAAGAUGGUUAAUACAUCAGAUCAAUACUGCUUAGGUAAUAACUUCUUGCUCAAUGUACAAUUUAGCUUUAGCUAGGGACCGUCAAAACAUAAAAUGCUAGGUGGGCCGAUAGAUGUGUUCGGAAGUGUACUUGUUCUGUUCUGUGGUUAGUAGAACCAAGUUAUUAAAAUGUAAUAAUCCGUCCAAUGAUGUAAGAAAAAAAUACUUUUGUAAAUUAGGUGGAACCCAGUGAAAUAGUUUGAUGCUAUUUUCUAAGGUUUAAUGCUCAUAUUCCAAUAUUAUUGUCUGUAGACAACUGGAGCAAAUCAUGAGUGGGGCUCCCGUUUUAAAAUACGCUCCUGGACAGGACCAUAGAUUUUUUUCUUAAGAUAUUUUUGCUUUCAAAAGGGUAUAUGCUUUCAUUAUGUUAUGUCUGGGUGUUUUAAUUAUGUUAUUUUAGUCAGUUUGCAUUUCUAUACCAAUAAAUAAAUAAUCGAUAUAGGUAGAUUGAAAUAAUUGUACUGUACUGAUUAUUAUUUCUAUUAGAUUAAACGGGAAAUGUUUUAAUAUGACUUUUAUAAAUUAAAUAGGUUGUUAAUGCAAAAACUGUUUUUUGUUUAUUGGUACCUAAACCUUUCUAAAACAAUAGUAAUAAGUUAACGUAAAUGUCCA